AUGGCGUCUCCCAACCUUAAUGGAAGUUAUCUGCAGCAGGCAGACCCCCAGCACUUCCCUACGAAUGCCACCGGUGCUCCACCACCAAACUACACUGCUCCCACCGCUGCUCAACCAGAACAGCAGUCACAGAGCCAAGAGGUCCCCAAAGAUGAGGUUGGCUGGUACUUUGUCGAGCAGUACUACACGACCCUGAAUAAGACACCGGAACGUCUUAACCUGUUCUACAACAAGAAGUCUAUAAUGGUGUGGGGCACGGAGGGUGAGAGCCUGCCAGUGGCCCAUGGACGUUCGGACAUCGCAGAGAAGAUUGCUGCCCACGAGUUUAAAGACUGUAAGGUUCGGGUAUCAAACGUCGACUCGCAGGCCUCCGCCAUGAACGGUAUCAUCAUCCAGGUUCUCGGUGAGAUGAGCAACAAUGGCAAUCCCAACCGCAAGUUUUCUCAGACUUUCUUCCUCGCGGAGCAGACCAACGGUUAUUACGUUCUGAACGACAUCUUCCGAUACUUGAAGGAUGAUGACGAUAUCGAGGAGGGCGAGUACGAGUACCCUGAGGAGGUCAUCAAUGAGGUCCAGGAGGCUGUUGCGGCGGCCACCGAAGAGAUCAUUGAAGAGAUCCAGGAGAUGAGCAUCAAGGAGACCAGCUCGGUGGAGAUCGAGACCGCUGAGGGGGACAAGAUCAAGGUUGCGGAGACAAUUGAGUUGGCGCCUACCCCGGCUACCGAGGUCGAACCCACAGUCGAGGAGACUCCCGCCCCAGUCAAUGGAUCCGAGGAGACUGCCAACGGUACCGAGGAGGCCAUUCCUGUUCCCGAGGCGGAGGAGAAGGUGGCUGAGGCGGUCGAGGAGGAGAAGGAGGCUGCCCCAGCUGAGCCGGAGGCACCUGCUGUUGAGGAACCUGCUCCUACGCCAGUUGUCGAGGAGAAGCCCGCCCCACCCGCGCCUGUGAAGGCUACCCCCCCUCCUCCGCCUGCGCCUGUUGUUCCCAAGACCUGGGCCAACCUUGUUGCCUCUGGUUCCAAGCCUGCCACCCCUAUCGCUCGCCCCGCUGCUGCUGCCGCUCCCGCUGCUGCCGCUCCCGCCGCGGCUGCUCCAGUUCAGACUUCGGCUCCUGCUGCUGCUGCUGCCGGUUCUGCAGCCCCUGCUACCACUGCCGCACCUGCUGCCCCUGCUUCCCCUGCUGUUGCCAGUGGAGGAUCUCAGUGGCAGACUGCUGAUAGCGGGCGUCGCUCUCGUACCGGCGCCGGUGCCAGCGCUGGCGCUGCUGCCACCCCUGGCCCAACUAAUGGAUUCGUCAAGAACGUCACCGACGCGGUCACUGAGGAGGCUCUCCGGAAGGCUCUGACUAAGUUCGGAAGCUUGAAGAGUCUUGAUAUCAACAAAACGAAGAGCUGUGCUUUCAUUGAGUUUGAUAACCCCGCCGCCCUCGCUUCCGCCAUUGCUAGUCCCCUCACCAUUGCUGGUUCCAGCGUUGUCGUUGAGGAGCGCCACCGUCAGAAUACUCCCUACCGUGGUGGCCCGUCGAACCGAGGAGACGGAAGGCCCCCUUCCCAGGGUGGCCGUGGCUUCCCGAACCGUGAUGGCCGAGGGUUCGACGGAGGCCGUGGUGGUGGACGUGGUGGACGUGGCGGGCGUGGUGGUAGCUUCGGUGGUGGACGGGGCGGCGUCAAGACUGCCCCGGCUGGCAACUAG